GGCAAAAACAAGAAAAAACUGCCCCUUCAGACUAGAAAAUGCGCCUUUUUUUCUGAGCCUGAUUGUGUUCGCACCUUGGCCACUUGGAGGCAGUAUGGUGCUUCGUAGAGAAGCACAGACACUCCGCGCAACAGUAAAAGUAGACGGUUGUAAAGUCCCGCUAACAUUUUGUUGGUAGUAACUUGUUUUGGCAGCGUACAGAGAAUAUGGCUGUAAGAGUCAUUAUAUUUCUUGUCUAUGAACAUUCCCAAGGCUUCUGUAUUUCGUUUUCGACUUGGACAGAGUUGGAUCACGUCGUCCCGUCAGAUGGCGUUUUGCCUGGCUGAGCUCCACUUGUGGUCCACCAAGAGUUCCCUCCAAGUUCAAGACACAGAUAUUGGCACGUAUCAGUACUACAAUAAAGCAAAGCCAGCCAAUCACCAGGAGCAUCACUAUUUCAAUGAGAAAGUCCACUUUACUGAAGCUCGAGGCUACUGGUGGACCCCCGCCAACCGUCGUCCGGAGAGGCUCCGCGAUUCGCUGAAGGAGCUGGAGGAACUGUUGCAGACCAACACCUGCGUUCACACCAGAUGGAGGAACACACAUUGUUGCCAGCUGCUACUCAGCAGUGGCAUACUGGUAACCUUGACCCUCAGUGGACCCCAACUUGAACAAGUAUGCAUCGACCGAGCGUUAGUGGGGCGACUGCCAGGUGACACCGUGACUGAGGCGGUUUUGGGCGACGGGCUGCUCGUGUUGUCCUUUCUGAAGCAAAGUCAAUUGGCCGUCGUCUUCCUCAACAAGAAGAACAGGGACAACACCCCAGAAAGUGGAAGGGACGCAGAAAAGAUUUCGCCUUCAACAAUCAAGGUGACAAGUGUUGAGGUGCCAGGGUGGGCGCAUCGCACCCAUCAAGGCCUGGCACUAAACUGGACGCAGGACAUGGCACUGUGUUGGUGGAGGUCCAGUGAUCAUGAUGAGGGGCUGUGGCCCUGGACCUCCAAAAACGCACAUGGGAACAACCUGGUUCUGCUCGGCUGCUCGGCCCUGGAAAGUCUCAAGGUUUUGAGUUCCAUGCAGACAGAAGGCGAUUUCCUGGUUUGCACCUUCAGCAAUUUCCAACCCAAUCAGCUGCUAACGGUGGAAGCACCCGCAGGAUCCCAAAACUCCAGAGAGGCAUCCUGGGCUAGAGCUUGUAUGUACGAUUACGGCAAAGGACGCCUGCAGCGUGUAUCCGCCAUCCGCAUCACGCUGCCAUCCCCACCCGUCUGCUGUGUGCACCACCCCGGCGAAACCAUGCUCCUCUUGAGCCUCGCUGACUCUUCCCUUGUGCUCUACGACCACCGUCGGGGGGUCUCCCUGCGGGCCUCAUGCCCCGCUCCACCUACUCUCCUGGCCUGGCAUCCGGCUGGAGCCUUUGUUGCAGUGGCGGCGGCAUCCGAUCUGAUGUUCCUGGACGUAAGCUUGGCGCCCGUCAAGGUGGCGCCACUGGGUGAGGAGGUGUCCCCCGCCGCUGUUCUCCAACUGGGACGGCACCUUCUCUGCCCUGGAUCCAUGCAGAUACUACAGUGGGCCACGGGUCCUGAAGGAGGCACCAAUGAAGUGGACACCCUAAUGCUGACCUUCCAUGGGGGACUCUUUGGAGUCUUAAAGUUACAACUGGGGGUCCUGAGCGGGGAUCAUCUGGGCCCGGUGCCUGUCCUGCAGCAGCGUCUCCGUCUUUGUCAAGAGCAGGAGGCUGUGAGCGUUCUGGAGGCCAUGGACUGGAGCAGCGCACCUCAGCAGUGCUGGCGAGGCCUGAGUGCCAUCAUCAACCACUUGCUAAAGUUGCCUCUGGAUGCACAAACCGAGGAGCAAUUAGAAGCUGCAUUGGCAACCUUUUACAACCCUCCCGCACCGCUUCCCGAUAGCGUGAUGGCAGACUAUAAGGAGCCCGUCCACAAAUACUCCAGACGCUUCUUCCACCACCUUGUCAGACACGAUCGUUUGGAAAAGGCCUUUCUACUCGCUAUUGAUUUGCAAGACAAAGAUCUUUUCAUGGACCUCCAUUACGUGGCCGGCGAUAAGGGCGAGCUGGUGUUGGCGGAGGUGGCCAAGAGGAAGGCCCAGCAAGUGGCUGAGGUGCGCAGCGAACAGGAAAUAAUCACUGUGAUUAACCGGAGAGAUGAUGAAGAUGCUGUAAGAGCGCAGAACACUUCUUCUGCAUUGGAAUUAAAAGGCCAGUAUAUAUUAGAACCAUCGCACUCAACUACUCCUAAAAUAACCCUGAGACAAGGAAGAUAAAUGAGUUGGCUGCAAUGAGGACAGCAUCCUUCAACUGUUUUAUUCUGGAUGUGCUUGCCCACUCAGGUUCAUCCACUCAAUCAGGCUCGGAGUGGCUAAUCGGGAGGAUCGGGACGAAUCCCGGCUGGCCAGGAUGGCCGGUCCGGGUUUUACACAUUUUUAAUACUAAUGUAAUUUUUGUUUGGUAUUUAUUCAUGACAGUGAGUAUUCCUUACAUGCUGUUACCGCUGUCCCUGUGGGCCGUCUUCAGACUCAUCCUGACGUGAGCGGGCGAAAAAUAAAACAUACAGCUCCCCCCGCUAUUCGGAGUCGGUUUUGAGCCAAAUGAGCUACUAGCUCGGUGCUCGGAUCAUGGAUAAAAGUGCAAGGGUGGAGCCGAAAAAAUAAGAAUUACAAAGAGAAAAGCGCUUGUAAAAGAAGCUGAAAAAUGUGCGAAAAUAGCUUUUUUUUUUUAAAACACUAGAACUACCAAGGGUGGAUCAGUUGAUACAAAUCACUUUUGUAACCAGAGAAGGGUCAUCUGAUCCUAAUCAGCAUUUCUUUUGUGAGCAUUGAGGUCCUCAUUACUCAUUCCCAUUCACACUCACAAAACUACAGGCUUGAAUUGCUCCAAUUAGCAUCUUGAAUGUUUGCAGGGCAGGGCUGCCUUGACUUUGUCGGACAAUGGACCGCUCAGGCAGGCAAUCGGGAGGACAACCUUUUUACAUGUUCCAAAAAAUGUAUGAACAAAAUUUGUGAAGAGGUCCUGCUGUAUGGAAGCUCCCCCAGACUUAUAGCUUGUAACUCAAGUGAAGUGUGGCGUCUACAUGAUAUUUGUAUACUGGCAUGAAUUGUGCAGUUGUGUUGAAUGAAUGCAUGUUUCUUUGUUACAGUUUCACAAAGUUAAACAAAUUACUUCAUAUAAAAACAAGAAAAGACCAAGCCUUGUGUUUUAUUUGGAGGACAUUAGAUGUUAGUCACCUGUUGGGCAGUCCAUACGGAAAGACACUUUUUUUGGCCAGUACACUUAAAUAUUUUUUUAUUUUUUAAAGAGCUAAAAAGUAACAAACUAAUCCAGAAAUACAAUGGCAUGUCCAAAAUAAACAAAAUAUACACGUUUUAUCCUAGCAACACUCCCAGAAAAAGAGGACGUGGAAGUACUGUAAGAAGUUUGGAACUUUUGUUCAAAUAUUUUUUUUAAUCUGUAUUGGAUCGACACUCUUUAUCGGGAAAUUCUCAGAAUCAGGUGCCUUGGAUGCGUGUGCAAAAACAUGCAAUCGAGACAUCCCUGUUUUAUUCAUUUAAUUAUUUAAACCUGUCCUGUUCAGCUGUUUGACACGGAGAAUGGAAGUCUAAGAUGGUCUGAACAGUUUUAAUGUUUCACAUUGAGAGUCUGACAUACUCCCAUUGUGAUCAUUCAACAUACCUCGUUCAUUAUGAGAAAGCAGUGAACAGGAAGGGGUUAUGGGGGAACAGAAGAAAAGAAAUACAAGAGAAGAAAGAAAAGAAACAUAAACUACAACAAGAAAUACA